GAAACUGUCAAGCAGCAACACAGGAGCACAAGGGUUCUACCCAGAUGUGAUGCCAGAACCAAAGCUUGUGCAGCAGAGAUUGCACCCAACAAGGCUCCAGAAAAGCUUCAGUAUCACCUCAGAAAAAUAUAAUGACAUCAUCUCCAAAAGUUCUCAGAUCAGUUCAGGAUCUCCUGCUCGAUACCAGCUGAGAACAAAGACAGAAGAGAUCGGUACUCUGACCAGAAAGACUGUUGGUGAACAAAAUCUGAACAAGAUAAACAAAACCAUCUUACUUGUUGGUGAAAGAGGAACAGGGAAAUCUGCUCUGAUCAACACUCUGGUCAACUACGCCAUGGGAGUAGAGUUUGAUGACGACAUCUGGUCUGAGAUCGUAGAGGAGGAGAAGAGAAGUCAGUGUGAUAGUCAGACAUCUGAUGUGAUCGUGUACGAGAUCUUUGACUUUAAAGAAAACACUCUGCCCUACUCUCUGACCAUCAUUGAUACUCCUGGAUAUGGAGACACCAGAGGGAUCGAACAUGAUGACAUCGUCAGUCACAGAUUAUUGGACCUGUUCCGCUCAGAAGAAGGAGUUCAUGAAAUGAAUGUAGUGGGUCUGGUGCUGAAGGCGUCAGAGAACCGUCUGAGUGGCCGACUGAUGUACGUCUUUGAUUCGGUCGUUUCUCUGUUUGGAAAAAACCUGGAGAACAACAUCGUCACUCUCAUCACUCACUCAGAUGGAGUUGCACCUGAAAAUGCUCUCAAGGCUCUUGAUUCUGCUGACAUUAAAUGUGCCAAAAAUGAGAAGAAUCAUCCUGUUCACUUCCUGUUUGAUAACUGCCAGACCCCACAGAGAACUAAGGGGAAUAAGGCAGCUUUAAGGAAUGCAUGGGAAAUUACAAAGGGACAAACGGGUCAGUUCGUGAACUUCCUGGAAAAAUGUGGACCUCAAAAACUGGAGAAAACUGUGCAUGUGUUGAAUGAGCGCAUCAGAAUGACAGAAUGCAUCCAGAAGCUGCAGGAGAGAAUCAAGUUGAUCGAACAUAAACAGACUGAGAUCAAACAGACAAGAGAAGCUCUGAAGAAACAUGAACACGAGAUGAAGAAGAAUAAAGAGUUCACUGUAGAAGUGGAUGAGGUCUACAAAGAGAAAGAAACUAUCAGUGGUGGGAUGUGGUGGUUGUUUUUUAAUAAAGGAGCUGUGACCUGUAAUGUCUGUGAAGAGAACUGUCACUAUCCAUGCACAAUGGCUCGAGGUCCUGAAGGCUGUGACAUUAUGAAAAACGGGAAAUGCAGUGCUUGUAAAUGUCCUGCAUCAGAUCAUGUGAAAGAAAAGGAGAUCUAUGUCAACAAGACAAGAAAAGUUGAGAAGACUCUACAAGGCAUGAAAGACGAGUAUGAAGAGAAUAAAGCAGAAGGUGAGAAGAAGUCGAGUCUCCUGGAAAAUCUAGAAAAGGAAAUGAGAGAGCUGACGGCAGAGAAGACCAGUUUGCUCGAAGAAUCCUACCAACAUGUCGUCAGGCUGGAGCAGAUCGCCCUGAAUGUGGAUUCACUGACCACUCAGGUCCACCUGGACUUCCUGACUGAGAAGAUGAAGGAGAGAGGAGACACAGAGAAGAAACAGAAACUGGAGGAGAUGAGAAGUCGAGUGGAUGAAAGAACCAGGGCAGGACUGAGGUAUAUGUUAAGUAAACAAGCAGCAGCUGGGAAGGCAGGUAAAGAAAUGAUGAAUUAGGUGAAAACAUCAUUCUGACGUGUCGUUUGUCGUCACUCUUUAAACAUCAAAAUGUUAGACUGUAACUGUUGCAUCAUUGUGUUCACAUGGACUUAACAUGGACUUCAGUAAUCUGGUUACAGUCGACUUUCUGCAGUAAUCUGAUUUCUUCAACUGGAUAUGAGAAACUUGGUUUCCUAGCUACGUUUCUCCAAUAAUUACUUCAUCCAAAGUCAGAGUCACCUCUACAAGACUUACAUCACUAAAGCCCCAGUGCAGAAGGAGAACUUGGUGUAAGUAGAAAGCACUACAGUUAUUCAGUAAGUGAAGGAGAUCAGGUAAAGUUUAUAGUUAGAGCUAGUCAGACAUGUGGAGGUGUUAGGAGAGGAGGUGCUCUCUGAAGAGAGGAGUUGUCAACAGAUUCUUGAAGAUACAGAUGGACCCUCUGCUCUGAUAGACUCUGGUAACUUGUUCCACCGUCAGGAACCACAGACCAGAACAGUCUGGACUGACACUGUCUUAUGUGCAGUAGGAUAAGGCUGAAUGACUGAGUUCAAGCAGAUGGCGCAGAUCCAGAAGUCACUCUGAAGGCAGCUUUAAUGACUUGAAUUAGAUUCGUGCAAUGAGCAGAGUGAAUUCACUAUAUUGUGUUGUUCCACAUGAAAUCACGUCCUGAUUGAUGCAGUUUUCUGUGAAUCCUGAAUAAAAUCUGCUUGAUGAAAAGAG